CGGGAAAAUUUUCGCGCCAAAUUUGCCCCGUCACGACGUCACCGCCCGGCGGAGAGUUGCGAGCGAGAAGGGAAGGCGCGGCGCGAAACUUGUAACGGAGGAUUUAGAAGAGAACUCGGCUCAACAUGUCGGGCUUUGACGAUCCCGGAGUGUUCUUCAGCGACACGUUCGGCGGGGACGACAAUCAGAACGACGAGGGGCAAAUUCGUCGUUCGCAGGCCAAGAAGAGGCUGCGCGAGUUCCUGCGUCAGUUUCGCAUCGGCACCGACCGCACCGGCUUCACGUUCAAAUACAGGGAUGAGCUGAAGAGGCAUUACAACCUGGGCGAGUUCUGGAUCGAGGUGGAGCUGGAGGAUCUGUCGAGCUUCGACGAAGACCUGGCUGACACCCUGACCAAGCAACCCGCUGAGUUCCUCCCCUUGUUUGAGGAGGCGGCACAGGAGCUGGCGGACGAGGUGACGCGCCCUCGCCCUGCCGGUGAGGAGCAGGUGCAGGACAUCCAGGUGAUGCUGCGCUCCGAGGCCAACCCGUCGUGCGUGCGCAACCUCAAGUCGGAGCAGAUGGCGAAGCUUGUGAAGAUCCCGGGCAUCAUCAUUGCGGCCACGGCCGUCCGCUCGAAGGCCACGCGCAUCGCCAUCCAGUGCCGCAGCUGCCGCAACACCAUCAACAACAUCCCCGUGAAGCCCGGCCUCGAGGGAUAUGCCAUGCCUCGCAAGUGCAACUCUGAGCAGGCGGGGCGGCCCAGCUGUCCCAUGGACCCGUACUUCAUCAUGCCGGAUAAGUGCAAGUGCGUGGACUACCAGACCCUCAAGCUGCAGGAGGCCCCUGACGCCGUGCCGCAUGGGGAGAUGCCGCGACACAUGCAGCUCUACUGCGACCGCUACCUGUGCGACCGUGUGGUGCCGGGCAAUCGUGUCACGGUGAUGGGCAUCUACUCCAUCAAGAAGGCGUUCACCAAGAUGCAGGGCAAGGGCCGGGAUCGCGCAGGAGCUGGAAUUCGUAACCCGUACCUCCGCGUCGUCGGAAUCACCGUGGACACGGACGGCGCCGGCCGCAGCAUGGGCAUUGCACUGAACCCACAGGAGGAGGAGGAAAUUCGGCAGCUGGCUGCGUCGCCCAGCGUCUACGAGACCAUCGCGCGGAGCAUCGCGCCCUCCAUCUACGGAUUCGUGGACAUCAAGAAGGCCAUCGCGAGCCUGCUCAUCGGGGGCUCGCGGAAGAGGCUGCCGGAUGGACUCACGCGCAGGGGUGACAUCAAUCUGCUGCUGCUGGGUGACCCCGGCACGGCCAAGUCUCAGCUGCUGAAGUUUGUGGAGCGCUGCUCUCCAAUCGGGGUUUACACGUCGGGCAAGGGCAGCAGUGCGGCGGGACUCACGGCCUCUGUGAUUCGCGACCCUGCCACGCGCAACUUUAUCAUGGAGGGUGGCGCCAUGGUGCUCGCUGAUGGUGGCGUCGUGUGCAUCGACGAGUUCGACAAGAUGCGUGAGGAUGACCGUGUGGCCAUCCACGAAGCCAUGGAGCAGCAGACCAUUUCCAUCGCCAAGGCCGGCAUCACGACCACCCUAAACUCGCGCUGCUCUGUGCUGGCGGCGGCCAACUCCGUGUUUGGCCGCUGGGACGACUCGAAGGGCGAGGAGAACAUCGACUUCAUGCCGACGAUUCUGAGCCGAUUCGACAUGAUCUUCAUCAUCAAGGAUGAGCACAAUGAGAAGAGGGACAUGAUCCUGGCCAAGCACGUGAUGAACGUCCACCUCAACGCCAAGACGCAGAUGCAGGCCGUGGAGGGGGAGAUCGAACUGUCCACGCUCAAGAAGUUCAUCGCCUACUGCCGCUCGAAAUGCGGCCCUCGCAUGUCGGCCGAAGCGUGCGAGAAGCUGAAGAACCGCUACGUGCUGAUGCGCAGCGGAGCGCGCGAGCACGACCGUGACCGCGACCACCGCAACUCCAUCCCCAUCACCGUCCGGCAGCUGGAGGCCAUCGUCCGCAUCUCAGAGUCUCAGGCCAAGAUGCGGCUGCAGCCAUUUGCCACGGAGGCACACGUGGACGAGGCUCUGCGGCUCUUCCAGGUGUCCACCCUGGACGCGGCGCUGUCCGGCAGCCUGAGCGGCGCGGAGGGCUUCACAACGCAGGAGGACCAGGAGCUGCUGGCGCGCGUCGAGAAGCAGCUGAAGCGCCGCUUCGCCAUCGGCUCCCAGGUGUCGGAGCACAGCAUCGUCCAGGACUUCCUCAAGCAGAAAUACCCGGAGCAUGCCAUCUACAAGGUGCUGCACCUGAUGCUUCGGCGUGGAGAGCUGCAGCACAGGGUGCAGCGCAAGGUCCUGUACCGUGUCAAGUGAGCCUGCAUCCCUCCCCACCGCUACUCACGCGCCUGUGUCUCAGACCACGUGCCGGUCAUGGAAAGCGGAGGACAAAUGGUCAUUGAGCUCGUGGUUAAAUCCACGGGCUUGCAUCACGAUUAUUCGAUGGAAGUAGAUUCUUGCGCGCGUCGAAUCGUGUGCGUAGCUUAUGGUUGACACGCGCAUUGUAUGCGAUUGUUGCCAAUAGCCUAAUGGGACCAACAACAAAAUGAACCGAUAUCGGGGUAUGAGAUCUUACGGAUGGGGAAGAAAAUAUUCGGUGUAAUCAGAUCUUGAAUCGAGGUAGUUUAUUGAACCACGAAGAAGUGUGGUGAAUCAUUAAGUGCCUGCUAACCCAAUUUUCCAAUAAUUGACAGUCUCCUGUCUCGUUAACGUACAACAUGACAGAUUAGUCUUCAGAAGUAAAAUCCCACUCUGGGACCCAUAGUGAUCAUGCAGCAUCCCAUAGCUUGCUUUGAUGUGUCUUUCCAAAGUAGUACUGCAUUUGUGUGUUUUUUUUUCCAUUUUGUCUUGUGCUUUGUACUGCACUUGGUUUAACUCAAUAAAGUGUUCAUUACAGAA